GUUGUUUACAGCGCAGCGAAAAGCACCACCCCUCCCCCACCCGGGUCCUCUAGCUUCUCCAGCUCCUCCUACUUGCAGCUAGUCAGCUAGCUGUAGCUCACGCUGUGAAAGCGACCGAAAGCCCAGCUGGACUGAAGGAACCGUACAAACAAACGGCCUGCUUCAAUGAGCCUUCAUCCAGAAAACUGCUUUUAUGAAACUCCAAUACGCUGGAUAUUACGACAUGAUGGACAGCUAGCGAGCAACGCAGAGCUAGCUAGCUGCAGCUAGCUGUCUGGCUACAUCGCUGAGCUAGCUCCGGGAGAACCGGAACGAGAACGAGUGCCCAACUCCGCUGUUUUGCCUUCGCAAGACUGAUUUUGUGUCAUGUCAUCGACCGUUUAAACAAGCAAGGAAGUUGAUGGAUCAUGCUGAGUGAGGAGCGGUGUUUCCUCCGCGCCUAGCCGGGGAGCAGCAGCAGCAGUUCGGCGCCGCUCGCGUAAAGUGCCCCGUUUCUGGAUUCGGUGACGGGAGGAUAUGGCAUUUCACGGUGCAGGCCGGCAGACCGUCUGUGGAGAUCUGUUUCCGGGCUCUGAGCUGGGUCACAAAUAUUUCUGUGUCAGCUCUUCCUGUGGAGCUCCCUCCACGGGCCUCAGCGCCACGCCGUGCCUGACUGGACCCACUGCUCCGGCCGGGACACCUCGUCACCCCACGGCUUUAGGAGGUAGCACCGGCGGCGGGGCAGCGGUGCCUCAGCCUUACAGCAACCCGGCCAGCGAGGUCCCCAGCCCGGCUGAGAUGGAGCCAGACCGACCCAUCGGUUACGGUGCUUUCGGUGUUGUUUGGUCUGUGACCGAUCCCCGUGAUGGUCGAAAGGUGGCUUUGAAGAAGAUGCCAAAUGUCUUCCAGAACCUGGUCUCCUGUAAGAGGGUCUUCAGAGAGCUUAGGAUGCUCUGCUUCUUCAAACAUGACAACGUGUUGUCGGCUCUGGACAUUUUGCAGCCCCCACAGAUCGACUGCUUUGAGGAGAUCUACGUGAUCACAGAGCUGAUGCAGAGCGACCUCCACAAAGUGAUCGUGUCUCCUCAGCCUCUCACCACCGACCACAUCAAGGUCUUUCUCUACCAGAUCCUCCGAGGUUUGAAGUACCUGCACUCUGCUGGGAUCCUGCACAGAGAUAUCAAACCUGGAAACCUGCUGGUCAACAGCAACUGUCUGCUGAAGAUUUGUGACUUCGGCCUGGCUCGCGUGGAGGAGCCUGACCCGUCUCGUCACAUGACCCAGGAGGUGGUGACCCAGUACUACCGAGCGCCGGAGGUGCUAAUGGGCUGCCGGCACUACGGCUCGGCCAUCGACGUCUGGUCGGUGGGCUGCAUCUUUGCGGAGCUGCUGGGACGGCGGAUCUUGUUUCAGGCUCAGAGCCCGAUCCAGCAGCUGGAUCUGAUCACAGACCUCCUGGGGACGCCGCCUCUGUCGGCCCUUGCUUCGGCGUGUGAAGGAGCCAGAGCCCACAUCCUGAGGGGGCCCCACAAACCGCCGUCGCUGUCGGUGCUCUACAUGCUGUCCGACGGCGCCACCCACGAGGCCGUGCACCUCCUCUGUCGCAUGCUGGUCUUCGACCCGGCUAAAAGGAUUUCAGGAAGCGAUGCGUUGUCCCACCCGUACCUGGACGAAGGCCGUCUCCGCUACCACACCUGCAUGUGUCAGUGCUGCUACUCCGUUCCCAGCGGUCGAGUUUACACCCGGGACUUUGAGCCGGUUGCCGAGCGGCCGUUCAGCCACAGCUACGAGAACAGCCUGCUGUCUGUGUGGCAGGGAAAAGAGUUGAUCCAUCGCUUCAUCACCGAGCACCAGCAGGGAAAACGGGUGCCGCUGUGCAUCAACCCUCAGAGUGCUGCCUUCAAGACCUUCAUCAGGUCCACAGCUUGGCACUCCUCCAAGGUUUCCAGGAAGGAGGAGAGAUGAACACUGCUCGUCUUCGUCAUGAGGAGUGACAGCAGUCCGAGGCAGGAUUUCAUCAGCCGUGGCAUCUGCAGAGUUUGGGUUUUCUUUUUUCUUUUCUUCUUCACCCGGAGGGGAGGGGAAACGACAUGCCCAACCACCACAGACCCCCACCUUAUGACAAAUGUUUUCCCCUGCGAGUCUGCAACGUUCCCUGAUCAUGAAAACGACCCAGACGGGUGAUGCUUGAGACGUUUACGGUGCUGAAUUCCAGGAAAAAAAAAGAAAAGAAAAAACGCUGCUGAAGUUCUUGAGGAAGAUCAGGACCGAUCCCGGUACUGGACUGGAUAGUCCCUCAGUGUGUCCUCUUUAAGGAAAAAUGCUUUUAACCCUGGUAGAAAUAGUUGUUUUCUCUUAUAUAAACCAUUCCAGCCCUGAAUGCAGUGGGCGGAGCCAACGCCGAUCACAUGACAUCAUCCCCAAUUUUUUUUUUUGUUUUUAAUACAUUCAGUCACAUCACUCACUGUGUUUUCGUCUGGUGGCGUCUCUGCGUCGUCAUGGCGACAGUAAUGCAACUCAACAGAUGUAGCAGUUUGUUCCUUUUCCAGUUUGAUUUUUGGGAAUGGCGUCAGGAAAAUGAAAACUGGGAGUUUUAUUUGUCUGAACAGAUAUUUUCCCAACACGCCUCAGAUUUCCCGCUCAGCUCCUCCAUUUUUUUUUUUUCCUUAUUGAGUGUUUAGUUAUUGAGUGUUUCUGUGUCUCCACCCUCUGGUGCAUCCGUGGCGGUCUCGGUUACCUCAAACCCUAAAGACAAGACGGUGAAAUGAAACUGGGAAACUCUGCCGUCAUUCCUCCGGACUGGUUUUACCUCGCACUCGCCUUCUCCUCUCUCGGCGCGCCACUCUGGAUCGAAGGAUGUCGUCAGUGAAAUGCUGCUGUUUGUGUUUUAGUUUCUUGUUUAGUUUAAGGCUCAGGUGUGAUGUCGUAGACUCUGAACUGUAUAAAGCCUCACGAGGAUGCACCAGGAUUGAUCCUGGUCCUCCAAAGCUGAAGGUUCCUCCAGUCCUUCGUCUGGGUUUCCACCUUGGUCCAGUCCCUAUGAGGGUGACGAGGGCCCUAGGUUUAAACUUCCUCAUCAGUCCUGCAAUGGUUUUUUCAAACUCUGUGAAUAUUUCUUUGUUUGUUGCAUACGUGUGGCGUUUUCCACCCAGUUACACCGAAUCUGCUUCAGAUGCUGAAAUAUUCAGCCGAAGAGGUAACAACUUCCCCCAGACCUCCCCGUUGGGGGAUUCUUGGUCUAGAUUUAGCUUUGAAUGAACUGACAACUAAGUUUCGGUGUGUUUAAUGUCGGCUCGGUCCAUUUCAGGACUGAAGAGACAAACUGAAGCAGAAAGACUUGAUUUGCACUUGUGUUGAAACUGAUUUAUCAAAGCUCUUAAUGAAAAUUUGAUUUAGUCCAAAAGUACUUAAAUCAUUCGGACCAAAAAAAAAAAAAAAAAACCCCAACUCUUCCAUCUUGACCUGGGGGUGGGUUAGACCGCUUUGUUUAAGAACCCACAGCCAGUCUAGGUCCAGUAAGAACAUGAUGAAGAAGCUCAGUUUUUCAUUUUCCUGCUGUUGGCUUUCUUGUCAUUGGUCAAUGUCCUGAAGGCAUCACAGGGUCAGUCAUUGCCCUGAUGGCAUCAGAGCUAAGUUUGGGACUCUGAAUGCAUCACAGGGCCAUUUGGGACCCUGAAUGCAUCACAGUGACAUUCCAUUCCAGGACUCUGACCUGAACUUGUGAGGAUGAACAUCUUCGUGGUCCUCGACAGAAACCCGACUUAAGACCACUGACAUCACGAUCUAACUGGUGAUUCUGUAACUGGAACCAGCUCUAAACUGGUUCUAGUUGGUUGAAGAGGUGUUUAAAAAAUGGUGGAAACUGGACUGAUAAUGGACUCAGGAGGAACCUCCAGCUCCUCAAAGCCGGAGUCGGUCUUCUCACAGUUGGUUGAAUUUAGUCUUUUUGUAUUCGCCCUGAACCUCCAGCAGGCGGGGCCCCUGGCGGCGGGCCCCUCCAUCUCCUGGACCGGGACAUUGUGGAACCCCUGAAACCUCAGCCGGUCCUGUUUGGGAACCCGGUCUUUGUGACGACGCUGAGACCACUUGUAUAUCUGCAUGUGUAUAGUUAUUACCCUGUGGAGAGCAGCUGGGUUUGGAUGCUGUGCAAUGGUUGAGUUUGUCGACAGAAACGUUCACGUUGUGGUCAUUUAAUUUAAUUCAACCUAGGAGGUGAUUUUAUUUGUUUCUUUUUCUUUUUAGUUUUUGUUUGUUGUGAUUUAACUAACUUUUUUAUUCUUCUGGAGUUCGGAGUCGUCAUGUUGGUGGUUUCCUGAAAAAAUCUGAAGUGAACGUGUUCAUGGUGGUUUCGUCGUGGUCACAUGACACAAACAUGGCUGCUAAUUGGUCAGAUUAUACUUUCAGCUCUCAUCACUGAUGUGCAACAGAUUGUUUUCUUUUCUUCAGAAGUAAUUUUCAGAUUUAUUCAGUUUAAUUUCCUUCAUCUUCUAGAUUCUCAUAAUGUGUUUUUAAAAAAGGCUCCUGUUCAAGUUUUCAUUUUGUUUGGCUGAAAAAUAACAGUUUUGGGGGCGUUAAGAUGCAUCCAGAGAUGCCUCUGUAUGGUGACUCGGUUACUUGAUCCCUAACGGUUUUUAUUUAUUCAGAUUGGAAAUGAUCAGGUUAAUGAGCUGGAAGCUUCACACAGCCAUUAUAAAAGUAAUAAGAUAAACAUUUAUGUAUCAUAAAAGGUUUUUUAGUUGUUGCACAUCAGAAUGAAUCAGAAAAGGAACAAAUGAGACUUUUUCCUUUAGAAAGAAUCAGAGAAAGAGCAGGGGAGUCAUUUGAACCGUUAAUGUGAGGCACAGACGGUGAUUUUUGAGGCGACAGCCGACGUCUCCCUCCGGACUCCCGUCGUCGUAUUAGUGAGAUCCUUCCAGGUUAGCGGCAGUUGUUAAACUAGACGAGCCGUGUUUGGUCUUUUUCCUCCCUGCACGCUGUCCUGCGAUCGGCCGAUGGUGCGUUCAGGAUCUCAGUGUGGCCGAACUUCUGUAGAGAUUAGAUCGUUUUUCUUCUGAGAAAAGAAACUUGAUGUGUUUUAUUCUAAUUCUAAAUAUGGAUCUGAUGUUUUAAACUGAUGUUUUUGUCUUUGUUUUAGCUAAAGAGGUUUUUCUUUUUGUUGUUUUUUAUUUUUGAGCUGUGUUCCCGACAAAUACUUGAAUUUCUUAAAAACUGUUUAGACUUUAGGUAUUGAAUGACCAUAAAUAAAUAAAUGGACACUGGA